AUGGGGCCUAUAUGUGGGAGAACGUUGGGUCUAAGCUUCUACUAUGCAACGGAGUCUCUUUACAUUGUUGAUGCAUACUUUGGGUUCCUAGUGGUAGGCCCUCAAGGAGGCCUUGCACUUCAACUUGCCACUAGUGCAGAAGGUGUGCCUUUCAAAUUCACCGAUGGCGUAGAUGUCGACCAGCAAUCUGGACACGUUUUUUUCACCCAUGCUAGCGAAACCUUCGACUUGUGGAAUGCAACACAACCGGGUUUUCAACCUGACUCAACUGGAAGGUUGCUAAAAUAUGACCCAGUGACUAAACAAGUUAUCGUGUUGCUAAGAGGGCUAGCAGGGGCAGGUGGCCCGGCUGUGAGCUUCGAUAGCUCUUUCGUCCUGGUUUCAGAGUACGUCGGUAAGAGAAUUCAAAAGUUUUGGCUCACAGGGGUUAAAGCUAACACCGCUGAGAUUCUAAUCAACCUUCCUGGAAAUCCGAACAAAAUUAAGAGGAGUGAAACGGAAGGAGAAUAUUGGGUAGCACUGAAUGUAAUUAGUCAACAGCCGAUAUUAUUUACUGCGCCACAGGGUCUGAGGAUUAAUGGACUCGGAAUGUUGCUGGAGACUCUUCCUCUUGUUACAGGGUAUUUCAAUGCAUCUAUCGCUGUAGUGCAAGAACAAAAUUCUGCAUUAUACAUCGGCUCUCGCGAUACUGAUUUCCUCGGGGUGUUCAAGAAAGGGCCAUGA